AUGUAUACUUUUUUCCUUCUCCCAGUUGGACCUAUAUAUGUCAGUACAUCAGUUUCUAAGAUGGAUGAUGUUGCAAAAGAAAUUUCUUAUGAGUUUAAUGGCUGGGUCAGAAAUGGGGGAAGAUGGAAACCAACUGAAUGCCGAGCAAGAGUUAAGGUGAGGUGCUAAAAUGAAGAUGUUAUUGGGGUGUACGGACGAGUGCAAUCACCCAAAUGACGCCGAAUACCAAAGAUUGAACGAUACUGAACAAUGCCCACACCACAGGACACCUACUCAACUCUGGCAGGUUGAGAGGUCUGUGUUUCCAUGCACCUCUUUUGAGGUCCCGCCCUUUCUGCUGGAGGUAUCGAGGAAAAAAUACGUGGAUGUUUGGUAGUUUAUUUUCCCAUCUCUUUAAACACUUGAUAGUCUGGUUUUGACUUCUGCAAACCGUAUACGUUUCUUAGCCAACCUCUGGUCAUUAUUUAUACGACUACGAUAGUGAAAAAAAUCAUUAUUAUACCCUAGACAGCUAAUUUCAUUAGCACUCUAAGGAGUGAAUGUGGGCAUGACUUCCAUGGCACCUUGGUACGUUCAAGUGCCUCAAGUCGAGAGCCCUUUAACUACCUCUUCCCAGUCCCUGCCGUUGCUGUCAAAAGUCAUGUUCCUUUAUUGGAAAUCCCGCAAUUUACAACACACUCAUAGCAAGCUCAAGGAUCUUUAUAAUGUUUUCGGUAUAUCCAUGUAACUCUCUUGUCAUUUUCCUAAAAAUAAGGAGCUUCUUUCAGUCAUCAGAAAGGUUUCGCUUCCGAGCAAAAUUUUUGGACAUGAUGCACCGAGUCAAGUUUGCAUCAAUAUGAUGUAAACCCUGAUUCAUCACCCUGUCUGUCUUUGUACUCGCGCGAACAUGGCACUAGUUUAAUUAAGAGACAGCCGUCUUUAAUCUACGCUCUCAUUGCACCCUCAUGCUAAUUUCAGCGCCAAUUUUUCAUCAUCUGAACUUGAGCUAAACCUAAAUCAGGUAGACACAUUUAAAAGUUGAAAAGUACUUUGUUGAAGAACAUACUCACUUUUGAUACUCUUUGCUUUAUCUUAACAGAUAGCUCUUAUUAUUCCAUUUCGCAAUCGUUACGAGCAGAUCUCAAUAUUUCUUCGUCAUAUCCAUCCUCUGUUGAGGAAACAAUAUUUAGACUACAGGAUCUUUUCCGUAGAACAGGUAUGUUUACCAGUGAGGGGCUCUGGUGGCUGGGGGACAUUUUUUUUUAUCUCGCUUUCAUAAAAAUGGUAACUAUAUGAAUUUAUGCGAUAUUAGAAAGGGGGUCAUAUUUGCCCAUUUUAGUCUCAAAGAGGAGUUGCGAUGUAUUUUUUUUUAUAGAGGGUCAGUAUUUCAAACCAUGAUCACUGAACAGCACACCAAUGGCAAAAUAGAAAAGAGAAUCUCCAAUGAGGGCGAAAAGGCGGAAAAGAGCUAGGUACACAUCAUCUACCAUCCGAUCAGAAGGCGUGUUCACAAUCAUAUCUAGUUAAAAGCCUGGGUAGAAAACAAGUUUACCCACUAGGAAAAUUGGCCAAGCUCCUUCUUCCGUUGGGCUUUUCAUGAACCGAGACGAAGUCGAGGUCUUUACCGGCUAAUACCCAGCCAUCCUGAUCAAAUAAGUAUAGCCAGUAAACGAUUCUUUUUAUAUAAAGCAAAGAGAAAACGUUUCUUGCGGGACAAAAGCGGGAACCUGAGCAGAGUAAGAUACUGCUCAAGUUAGUAUACCCGCUAGAUUACCAAAUCAGUAACACAGGACUCGCUUCACCUUGCAGGCUCGCGAAACCAGCCAUAUAAUAAAGAGCAGUUGCCCACAAAUUUUCUUCUUUACAGAUAGGAGAUGCUCCUUUCAAUAGGGCUAAGCUGUUCAACAUCGGCUUUAAAGAAGCGCUGAAGUUUGACGAUUUCAAAUGUUUUGUCUUCCAUGACGUGGACUUGAUGCCGGAGAAUGAUCGAAAUGAAUACAGCUGCCCCUCAUCGCCCAGACACAUGUCGGUAGCUGUGGACAAAUUUGAUUAUCGGCAAGUACCUGAUAGCUUUUUCUCCCACAAUAAACUUCAGGCUGCGAGGUCGGUGCGGCGUCUACAGAAAUCAGAAAUCGCGCCGAAAUCCCCGUUCUUAUGUAUAAACAGAGGCCUUUUCCGCUAUAGUUUUCCUGUCGCUAUAUAGUAAACAAAGAAUGAAACAAACCUUCUUUGCUGUGUUUAUUUUUGUAAAUCCACAGUCUACCAUAUUUUGAGAUAUUUGGAGGGGUAGGCUCGUUUACGAAGGAACACUUUGAACUAAUCAAUGGUUAUUCAAACAUAUUUUGGGGAUGGGGCGGAGAGGAUGACAACCUGUUUCGAAGGUAAGUUAUUGCUUUUAUUUUAAUUGAGUUCAUUAAUAGUUAAGUUUUAGUGACAAAGACCUCUUUGAAGGAAAAAAAAAAGAGUUCUCCCGUUUGGAGUCGAACAGAUACUACCCCUUGAGAACGUGCACCAGGGAGGGCGGACCCCCCAUUUGUAGUUAGAAGCUUAAGAAACAACGACGGCGACAGCUACGAAAACGUCAUUUAAAAAGCGAAUUAGCGCUACUUCAAACUUUAUUGCGCGUGCGUAUUCAAACUCGUGUUGGCAUUUUUUUUUCUUUUGGCAAAGACUGUAUCAAAGUUCAAGAAAAGAAAAAGAAAGUCGUUGUCCUGUGUUCACGUCCUCGACAAAACGUGAAAUUAGGCACUUUCACGUUGCAGUCGUGUAGCUACGGCAAAGAAAUGUACAAAAAAGCGUGAUGCACGUGCAGAGUGGUUGUUUUGCCAAUCUAAUCUAAUUGCUUUUUUGCCGUUAGCGUUGCCCUUGCGGUAGUCGUUGAUAACCACUUUUGCAUAAUUGACCACAUUUUUGUCGUUCUGUCCUCUCUGCCGGCCAGUAGAAUAACAGCUAAAGGACUCACACUGUCACGACCAUCAAGUAAAAAAGGAAGAUAUAAGAUGCUGAAAAUGUUUCAUGUGGUAGGAACAAAACCUCCAAAAACUGUAAGGCAAGUUGUUCUGGCGAUUAACUAUUUUGUUUAUCACUGUUAUUUAUUGUAGAGUUUUUAUAUAAUUGGGUCAGCAAGCACUCUCAAGUUGAAUGUGAAUGCAAUUUUUGCAGUCCGAAGUGGCUUUAAAUUUAGAAGAAAAAGGAAAAAGACGGAAAAAUAAAAUUAUGCUAAACUUGUUAAUUAAGAACUCGUGUGAAUUAAGGAAUAGAUCCUCAUUGAUAUCUGCAUUUUAGAAUUAUUUUUCUCCUUUUGCUUCGCACUCCUUUUAUCUUUGAUUUAGAUAAAAGGAACUAUUUUUGGUGCUGACAUUGCACUUUUUGAAGUCACAUGACCAGCCACGCCCUUCAGAAUUAUACAAACUUUUACAUUCUACAAUUACACAACUUUUAGAAACCUUUAAGUUCUCAAUUUUUCUUAUAUUGUAUUGAGGUUAAUGCUAAACAUGCCAAAUUAAUUGCGGAAUUCUAAAGUACUUUAUUGCUUGGAAAAAAUUCAAUGUUUACUUCUCACCCUAAUCUCACGCUAAAAUGAAAACGCUACAGUUUACAGAAAACAAUUAAUUUUUAAAAAAGCCCGAUUAGUUCCAUAAACCUCGUACUUGAAGUCAUAAAUAGCAAACGAAUUAAAAUUUUUAAAGGUCUUAAAAGUGGUGAAGAUUUGAAUUAAAAUAAAAAGCAAAAUUGAAGCAAAAAAUGGGUGUAGUAAUUCACGUGACUAAGAAAAUCUAUCAUUUAAAAUGAAACUGCUAUUCUUAUAUGAAAAGGGUGGCAGGCCUACAACGCGUAAGUGAAAAGGUUUAAGUCUCUUUGAACCAGACCAUUCACUACAAAUUUCCCAAGACUCAUUCCUAUAUUCACUGAUCUGAAUCUUUUUCGUUUCUUUUUCAAAGGCCAAGGUUGAUCAUACAAUUGGGAGGUCAUACAAUUAACUGUUUCAUCUGUACGUUUCAUAUGUUAUCGGGCUGUAUUAUCAUUUCUUAUGUUUUAUUGUAUUCUAAAUCACACGUCCUCUCAGUACUUAUUAACAUGUCAGUAUCUACCUGGAGUUAUAAAAACCGGGUUAGCAAACAGUUUGAUAUAGGCUUUUAAUCGGCCUUUGAAUGAGCUUUGUUAUAUUUUUGUUAACCCGGUUUUCAAAAAUGCAGGUAUAAUAUAACACGUAAUGAUCUACAGUUUUCUAAAUAUUGUUUACACAGGCUGGCGAGAAUGGAUCAAGCUUUAAAGGAAAUGGAUAACGAUGGCCUUAACUCUCUGAAGUACAGCACGGAAGUUACAGAAUACCCACUAUUUACAUUGAUACGAGCUAAUUUAGAAAACGCUUUAUGA